UGCACGUGAAUGGCUUCUGCUCUGUCUCGUUCACCUUCCCUGUCCAGAUGAACGCGGCCCCGGGCUCUCUGCGCAGCCGUUAGUGGACACCGCGCCUAGAGGAUGAUACCUGGAAGACUUUAGCUCUGAAUGGGCACGGGGGUGCGGACGAGAGAGGACCGGGGCACCGGAGAGACCACUGCUCCUGAACAUUAUUCCAAUAUAUCAAGACUGAUGGAUUUAAAGAGGGUGCUGUCUUUCCCGCCUUACCCAGGAGACUAUCUGCAUCCGGUCGUGUACGCCUGUACAGCCGUAAUGCUGCUCUGCCUGAUCGUGUCCAUCAUGACCUACCUCAUCCACCACAGUGUGAUCCGCAUCAGCAGAAAUGGGUGGCACACUCUUCUCAACUUCCUGUUUCACACGGGGCUCACGUUUGGGGUGUUUGCUGGAGGCAUCAAUCAGAUUAACUACCCGUUCAUCUGUCAAGUCGUUGGGAUAGUUCUCCACUACGCGUCCUUGUCCACCAUGCUGUGGCUCACUUUCACCGCCAGGAACAUCUGUAAAGACGUGUCCAAAGUUCCACGCCUGGCCCCCAUCAGGGACAGUUCUGCCCAGAAGAGGGCCAAGCCCACUAUACUCAGGUUCUACCUGGUCAGCGAUGGCGUUCCUCUCAUCAUCGUGGGGGUCACAGCAGCGGUCAGCAUGGAAAACUAUGGCAGUAGGGAGGAGGCUCUGUACUGCUGGAUGUCAUGGGAACCCAGCCUCGGCGGUUUCUACGGGCCAGUGGCGUUCCUCGUCCUGGUGAUGUGCAUCUAUUUCUUGUGUACUUUCAUCCAACUGAAGCGCCACCCAGAGAGGAAGUACGAGCUGAGGGCCAUGACGGAGGAGCAGCAGCGUCUGGCGUCAGCUGAGUCGGGCCACCUCUGCCACGGAGACUGUGGAGGCGACAGUUGCCCUACACAUGUGUCCGGCCUCUCAGUGCUGGCUAACGAACACUCGUUCAAAUCCCAGCUGCGUGGAGCGGCGUUCACCCUCUUCCUGUUCCUGGCUACGUGGGCGCUGGGCGCGCUGGCCGUGUCACAGGGCCACUUCCUGGACAUGGUGUUUAGCUGCCUGUACGGGGCGUUCUCUGUGACACUGGGGCUGUUCUUGCUGAUCCAGCACUGCGCCAAGAGGGACGACGUGUGGCACCGCUGGUGGUCUUGCUGCCCGGCCAAGCCGGAGGGCAGGAAGGAGGAUGGACAGGUACGUUCCCCAGGCCCCGCCCAACAGCAGUCCUGCCACCUAGACUCUCCCUGCUCUGGGAAACAGCCACUCCUCUCCCCACAUCUCCUCCACGUACCCGCCACUCACUACAAAAUGCAGCCGGCACCGCCUCUCAACCAAACCACCAAUCACGCUGGCCCGUGUUGCGUGGCUGUGCAUGGCCCCUCCCCUUCUCCUCUGCUGGAGGCCACAUCUCCCUGUCCACAGUCCCUUCCUGAUGAGCUACCGCGGCCGGCGCUGCCCCUGCAGAGCUGCCUGAAGGACAGGGCCAAGUCUCGCUCCUUCAACCGCCCGCGGCCCUGCCUGAGAGACUACCACUACCACAUGGCCUCCAGCAGCAUGGACGGCAGCGUGCACAGCUCCCACCUGGACAGCCCACACAGCGUCCAUCACCUGGAUGGCUCCCCGCUGCUCUGCCCCAGCCCCCACCCCGACCUCCCUCUGGCCUGCCCCAGCCCCCACCCCGACCUCCCUCUGGCCUGCCCCAGCCCCCACCCCGACCUCCCUCUGGCCUGCCCCAGUCCCCUGCUGGACAAGCGUCUGGCUUCCUGCCACAGCUUGCAUCGGCAGAGCUCCUGCCACAGUAUCCAGGACGACAUGCUGUCCUGCCACCACCACAUGUACUGCCCCCCCAGAGUAGACCCCUUCCCCAGACCCCCAGACCCAUUUGGUGCGGGGUGCCAGCAGGACUCGGACACGUACAGCUGCAGCUCCAGGCAGGCUGACAGGGAGGAGGAGGUCAUGCUGCAGCUGGAGAGUGAGCAGGCUGUGCAGCCCAGACAGACGCUCCCUCGGCUCCCUAAAGCUAAACCCCACGCCACGCUGAGCCGCAGGGCCACAAUCAGUCGCAACGGCAGCCUGCAGGAGGACUUCCUGUUUGGGUCAGACGCUACUGGCAACAUAAGGACAGGUCCUUGGAAGAAUGAGACCACUGUGUAGCAAGGCUUUCCACUACUACCCCCUCCACCUUUAUGCAUCUAUUAUGCCUCCCACAUACCCCUUCAAGUCUAUAACUAAUCUGUCUAUAACUAAUCUUUCCCCUAUAAAUCCCAUCUAGUCUAUUUCUAGCCCUAACCCCCAUACCUGCUUCAAGUCUUGUGGACUAUGGAAGUUUAGUUGCAUCUGCAUCAAACCACAUUUAGUUCCAGUUCAUCCUUGCACUACUGUGAAUGUAGUGACAGGUUGCUGUACUGGACAUCCUAGACUCUCAUACAAGACAGCCCCCCUCCUUCUCUAUAGAAACCAUUUGUAUUGACAUCCAUCAUCUUUUGUAUUUACAUGGCUAAAACCACAGAUUUUAAAGCUUUACUUGAAAUGGUCUUCAUUUGCAUUGGUAACAGCUCAUGGAACCUUCAUGACACCUUCCUCAUUUAGUCGAGAGUAAUUACAAAGUCUUAACAUUCUUUUUAUAUAGAAAAUAUGAUAUAGAGCCGUUUCUGGCACAGUAAUAUGCAUUGCUACACAUGUCACACACAGAGCGCUAAAGUGCCUUUUUCAAAAUCUGCAAGGACAGUGUGAAUUGGUGUUGGUGUUAGGGUUAGAUAUGGUUCAGAGACCUGCCAGUGCAAUGAGUCUUAAAGCCUGAUGACUUGGUUUUGAACUUCAUCAACACUAAAGAAGGCCUCUAAAGGUGUUAUAAAUACUUAUGAAGAAAAGUGAAUUCAAGUAAAUUGCAUUUUCUAUCAACUGUGCUAGUGAGGUGUGUAUGUUUGUGUGUUAGUUUGCAUGUAUGUGUUUGUGCAGACAUACACGCAUACAAAUGAGCAGGUGGUAACACAUGCUUGUGCCAUAGAUGUCUGAAGCCCCAGGGGGAACCUUAAUAGGACCACGUGGCUGCAAUUCCCAAGAGCCUCCAAGCACCGCUUCACCUGAAGCAGUGGGCAGUUUACCUUACAAGACAGCUGGAUCACUGGAUCACGGCCGCACCGAGAAUCCCUCUUGCCAAACUCCAUAUUAAUUUGUUGUGCCCAAAACACAGGUUUGGACCAAUCAGUCCCAUGGGGAGCUAGUGGCAGCUAGCGUGGUUGAAGUUAACCAUGUUAGAUGGUGAUAGACAGACACCAAUCACCUGCCAAGUAUUUAUUGAAAGUGCCUGCUCUUGUUUUUAGGGACGUAACCCUGGUGUUUGUGUAAAAAACCAUAUGGUGAGUCAGGUUAGUGGGCUGUCCCCACUAAUGUCAUCUGUUUGUUUGGAGGGUUCAGAAACUGAGAAAUUAGGUCAAAGAAAGAGAAAAGAUGCUGGAAGUAGGAUGUCAUCCUCCAUUGAGGGAAGGCAGACUGAUGGCAGGUAAGGCAGCUUCCUCUAAACAUGCAUCCACACAAAGAGCUUAAGUUGAACUUGUGCAAGGAUGCUCUUGGGAUUCCCAGAUGAGUAAUUAGACAUUGUAAUGUUUUAUAUGCUUUUAAAACACCCUUGAGUGAUGAGUGAUGCACCAGCACUAUUUAAUAAGUUUUCACCCAAAAUAAAUAUUUGAUGUCACAAGAAAUGUGCUUUUAAACACUUAUUUGUCAUGCUGCCAACAUGCCAAGUCACUGUGAGAAGCGACAAACUACAACCUCUUGUGUUGGCAUGUGAGGAAUAUGUAGUAGCAACACAGUCUACUCAGGUUUAAAGAUAACCAUGACACUAACCGUAAGUCAUCAUUAAGCUGUUAAAUCAGCAGAAAUGUCCGUGGCUGUUUUAAGUGUCUUAAAACCCGUCUCUACCACAGCAAUGACUAUCUCCUGAUCUGUUGAACGUAUUUUUGGAAAAUGUAGGUCAUACUAAGGCCUGUUUCAAAUGGGGAUGAAUCUUAGAGCACCUUUACAUUCAACAACCUGCAGUUACACAGCUUCAACACAGUCCCCUAUAGAUGUUACAACACAGUCCCCUAUAGAUGUCAUAACUUCAACACAGUCCUUUAUAGAUGUUACAGCUUCAACACAGUCCCCUAUAGAUGUUACAACACAGUCCCCUAUAGAUUUCAUAACUUCUACACAGUCCCCAAUAGAUGUUACAACACAGUCCCCUAUAGAUGUCAUAACUUCAACACAGUCCUUUAUAGAUGUUACAGCUUCAACACAGUCCCCUAUAGAUGUUACAACACAGUCCCCUAUAGAUGUCAUAACUUCAACACAGUCCCCAAUAGAUGUUACAACACAGUCCCCUAUAGAUGUCAGAACUUCAACACAGUCCUUUAUAGAUGUUACAGAUUCAACACAGUCCCCUAUAGAUGUUAUAAAACAGUCACCUAUAGAUGUUACAGCUUCAACACAAUCCCAUAUAGAUGUUAGACCAAAGGGGGUGUUGAUUUUGCCACUUGACAUUCAUGUGGGAAUGUGUAAACUGCGUGAGUGAGUGUAGAACAGCCAAUCGGAUGCAAGCUCAGGGAUUGUUUCUCAUACAGAUGGCCAAUUAACUGACAAGAUGGUGUCCAUGACCAACAUCUGUCAUUUGACCUUUAUUUGGAUGUCCAACCAAUGAGAUACAACAUAAGAAAGAAACUUUUGUGAAAUGUUCAUGCAGUAGCUUGUCCACAUUUUUUUAAUCACAAAUAUUAUUACUAGAAUAUUAUAAAUACUCCACACAUUGGAAGAUGUACAGUAGCCCCUUUGACCCAGAAACCAAUUAUAAACCAGAGUGGUGUUCACAGAAAACAAGUUUUCAUGAGGUUUAUGUAAAUUCUCGUUUUCUAAAUAGUUGACCCCAACUGUUGUACUCCUUAUAAGUUUGUAUUUGACCAAAAAAUGCUAUAUUAACUUUGUAUUUUAUAACAUGUCAAUGACCCUUACACUCCAUUCUCCUCUGCCGUUUUAACACUCUACGCAUGUAUCCUUUCAAGUUUGAGGCUGUCACUUAAAUUGGUGAGAAAUGUUAUCCACUAUUCAGCAUGAAGUUCUGUCCAGUUACUGACUGCUUCAAGUAUGACAAGGAAGGAAGGAUGCAUGCUAGUGUGUUGGGGUUAGUUCCUGUAUUGUGGGUUAUAAGGUUAGGGUUAGUUCCUGUAUUGUGGGUUAUAAGGUUAGGGUUAGUUCCUGUGUUGUACCGUGUUCCCUGUUUCACUGGCUGCUGCUGUAACUAAACCCAAUGCCAAAUUCCAUCUGAUCUUCUCUUUUCCAGAGGUUCAAAUAAAUUUACUUUA